AUGUUCUUAUUUUGUUUGAAGGCUGAUGUGUUGGUAAACUCUGCGCACAUGAACCUUAAUAAUCCUACUGCAUGUGGUCGAGCGUUGCUGGUUCGUGGUGGAUCGUGUUUCCAAGAAGCAUGUAAACCUCACAUAGCUAUACAACCAGGAAAUAUUAUAACAACGGAAAGUGGUAACCUGUUGUCUAAGUAUGUUAUCCAUGCUGUGUGUCGCAAUUUGAAUCGAUUUAAAGAGCCGUUACCAGCGCAAAAGGUAUGAUGGAACUUAGACUAUUGUUAUCAGACCUUGUAGUCCUAGAAUGUUAAAAAAAUGGUUCACUAAGACUACGUGUCCGCUGUGUGUUUUUAAUUAAUUAAGCCGUUUCAAAAAGCUACCAAUAUGGUGUCAAUACAAACGCUUUGUGUCGUUGCAAGGUGGUAUUCGUCAUGGUGUAAACGCAAGAUUAACAUAGGCGUAUGGUGGAAAAAUUAGGAGGUGGACAAAAAUUUGUUCGUUGAUGGAAAUUGCCUGGCAAAUACAAAAAACAUUUUGCGUUAUGAACUUUCAAUAAUUCCUGUUUACGUUACAUAUUUCUUCCUUUUUCGACCAUUUUAAUACACAUCACGCUUCCGUUUAUUAAUCAUUUGCCAGACGUUUAAGUAGAAUUACCGUAUUUAGGUAUAAAAUGUUAAACCAAAUCUAAGUUUUUAGCACACAACACUUCACUUUUCUCCAAGUAUAAAUGAUGUUCCAUAAAAGAUCUCAUUUUUUAUUUGAAAAUAGUAGGAUUUUAAUCUUUUAUCUCAGGUUUUCGAUUUUUAAUAACAAUAAGACUGUGUUGAAAGAGAAAAUAUAGACAUUGAUGUCGUCCAAAAGCACAUACUGAUAUUGGCCAAAUUCUAUUUCUAGUUUUUAUGUGGGUUGGUGGGAAAAAUCCUUGAGAAAUGCCAUGAGUUGGGGGCAUCUUCGCUUGCAAUGCCAAUGAUAGGCACAGGUCAACAUGGAUUUCCCGUGGAAGCUGUCUUACAAGUAAUCAGAAACGAAAUAAACCAACUUAGCAGCAACAAAGGAGCUCAGCUAACUCUCAAAGAUAUUUGCAUUAUUGUAUUUCAAUCUAAAGCUGAGAAAAGGAAAACAGUGCCUUUACAAACUAAACCAGAGAUUUUAGUGCCACCCAUCUCUGCAAGCAGUUCUACUGAAAUCCCUUUUGGACCGGUUCGUAUUUGCCUGUGCGGUGGCAAUGGAUCACAAUAUGAAGCGGAUGCUAUGAUGAACUUAUCUUCAACAAAUGUAAGAGUGGCGACAACAGCCUUCCAAUCCACGAGUAUCCAACAAGGCGAUGAUGGAAUUGAUCUCUGUGAUUCUACGCGAGAAGAAUCAAUGAAACAACCACCCGGCACUGUAUUGGUGACCAAAGCUAACAGCGGCGCGAAUGUAAAAUACUACGUGCACUCUGUUCCUGUUUCGUUUGAUAUUUUUGGCUUGGAGCGUGUAAUAAAAGCUUGCUUAGACGCUGCGAAGUUUUUCGCAUGUCAUAGCGCAAUAAUAUUGGCCACAGAAAUAACUUCGUUCAGCAUCGCCGCCAACGAAUGUGCCAAUGCCAUUCUGAACGCAAUUCAAAUUUUCUCGAAUACAAAUUUUGCGAUGCAUAUUCGAGUGGUUACGCUUGAUAUGGAUAUGAUGCAAAUCUUCCUAAAAGCUUUCGAAGAAAAGGUAGAGAUGCAAAGAACGAGUGUGGAAUUCCACGAGAGUGGUCAGAUAGGUUUGAUGGACGGGGUAGUCAAUGAUGAGCGUUCUGGAAACAAAAUCUUAAACAUCGGAAGGAAUGAUGAAGUUAUUUUUCGAGUUGUUGGUUUCCGUGAUAACGUGACUAUAUCCAUCGAAAAAAUCGAAGCAUAUAUCACCCGAUGCAAAGUAAGGAAAUGCGUAAAAGAUGCGAAAACGGUUAAUGGAUUUUGGAAGUACAACUCUGUAAUUAAAGAAUUAUCGAGAGGGUACGAAGUUUUCAUCACUUUAUCAGCUGAGGAAGUUUCUAUCGAAGGGAUGACGCAACAAGUCUUCGAAUGUAAGGAUGCAUUAAUUGAUUUUUUGAACAAGCACGAUGAGAAGGAAAGAGAGUUGAGGAGAUUACGUGAAAUUUCAGAAAGUGUGCAAUGGUCGUAUUCUGAUGUGAAUGGCACCGUCCUGUUUGAUGAAAUCCUCAAUGGAAUGGUUGAGAGUGAGGCCAGAGUUGGAAAUAAAAAUAUUAAAGUCCCAAGUAUGGAAAACACGCAUGAAGUUGUUCUGGAUAAGAUGAUCAUACAGGAACGUCGCACUGGUCGCACUGAACUACUUGCAAGGAAACAUAUGGAAAACGCUUUGGGUAAUUUUGACUAA